ACACUCAAACUGCACUGCCAGAGCUAGCCAGUGCUGCACAUGUCUAACACUAUGGCUCCAAAAAACUCAGCUGUCUUCCUCCUUGGGCUUCUUCUCUCAUGCGUAGCCAUGAGUAGUGCGGCGAGAAUCCUUGAGGAGACAGCUCCGUCCAAGGAAGAGCACCAGACCGUGGUGCCACAGAUUCUCAAGGUAGAGCUUCCACCAUUCCUGGAAGUGCACCUACCACCUAAGCCUGAGCUUCCUAAGGUGGAGCUGCUGCCGGUCCAUGAGGUGCACCUACCACCCAAGCCGGAACUGCCUAAGGUGGAGUUGCCAACGUUCCCAAAGGUUUACCUGCCACCCAAGCCGGAGAUGCCCAAGAUAGAGCUGCCAACGUUCCCGGAGGUUCACCUGCCACCCAAGCCGGAGAUGUCCAAGGUGGAGCUGACGCGGAAGCCCGAGAUGCCCAAGGUGGAGCUUCCACCAAAGCCCGAGUUGCCCACUGUUCCCAUGUUCCACUUUCCAAAGCCGGAGGACAAGCCAUGAGAACUGCCUUCUCAUAUUGUUGCCUUGUUUUGCUUCGCUCGUACAUGUACCCUAGUGUUGUGUUGCGUCGACGGUCUGAUUGUUUAGUCGUGGUCGAUGAUCAUUGUGAGACACACGCACACAUACACACACCUAGGUGUCCCAUAAAUGUAAUCUAAUUAUAUGGAACACCUAGGUGCCCGGGCACCUAGGUGCCUGUUAUAGUAAAUGAUAUUCAUUAUGCAUGAUGUACAAUCGGCGACACAUGACUUUCCAAACUUUGUUUGCAUGCUC